AUGGUAACUUUGAAUAAUGAUGCGUCAUCUUCGGGCAAGAAGAAGCUCAUCAUAAACGCAUUUGUCGAAUCGUGCAGUGGCCACCAGUCUCCGGGACUAUGGCAGCACCCCGAUGAUCGAUCUUACAAUUUCAAUAACGUGUCUCAUUGGGUGCAACUUGCGAAGCUCCUUGAAGAGGGAAAGUUCCAUGGCAUUUUCAUAGCUGACGUAUUGGGAUCCUAUGACGUUUACAAGGGUCCAAAGAACCCAGAUCCGGCAGUUGUAUCUGGAGCACAGUGGCCAGUCAAUGAACCCCUUGCGCUUGUCCCUGCCAUGGCGGCGGCAACCAAAAAUAUUGGCUUCGGAGUCACGGUUGCAACAACCUACGAGCAGCCGUAUCACUUGGCUCGACGGCUGAGCACAGUCGAUCACCUAUCUGGCGGUCGCUUGGGAUGGAAUAUCGUCACCGGAUAUCUUGAUUCUGCUGCCAGAAAUCUGGGGUUCACAGAACAACCGCCUCAUGAUGAGCGCUAUGCCAUCGCGGAGGAGUAUGUUGACGUGACCUACAAGCUAUGGCAGGCUUCAUGGAGAGACGAUGCGGUGAAACUGAAUCCGAAAACCCAGACGUAUACGGAUCCCUCACUCGUUCGAACGAUCAAUCACACGGGGAAAUAUUUCAACGUUCCAGGGCCACAUAUCUGCCAACCAUCGCCUCAACGUACUCCCUUGAUUCUUCAAGCAGGAACAUCCAGCGCCGGCAAAGCUUUUGCUGCCAAAAAUGCUGAGGCAAUAUUCGUUGCCGGGCAUAGUCCUUCCACAAUUGCCAAGAACAUUGCCGACAUUCGCACGCAGGCGCGGACCCUGUUCAAUCGCGACCCCAACUCCAUAAAAUUCUUGACGCUGUUUUGCCCAAUCCUCGGUAAAACUCAAGAGGCGGCCGAAUCAAAGUACCGCGAGUUCCUUAGCUACGGCUCGGAAGACGGUGCUUUGGCCCUCUUUGGCGGUUGGACGGGCAUCGAUCUCGCCAAGUACGGAGACGAUGAAGAACUGCGCCAUGUUGAGUCCAAUGCCAUACGCUCAGCGGUUGAAGCCUGGUCUAAAUCCACGCCAGAGGUGCCCAAGUGGACAAAACAUACUGUCGCAAAUCACAUCAAAAUUGGAGGGCUAGGUGCCACUGUUGUUGGCACCGCUGAGCGAGUUGCGGACGAGAUGGAGAGAUGGGUUAGGGAAGCCGAUGUGGAUGGAUUUAAUUUGGCAUACGCCAUUCUUCCAGGGACGUUUAACGACAUCAUUGAACUGCUUCUGCCCGUUCUGCGCCAGCGUGGCCUGUUUUGGGAAGACUAUGCCGUGGAUGGCGGGACAUAUAGAGAGAACUUGUACGGGACGGCCGGACAGAGUAUCCCCCGACAAGAUCACCCAGCCAGCAAGUAUCACUGGAAAGAGGGGGAACAGCCAGACCUUGUUAACCGAGAAUAG